AAACAGAAAGGCAGAGAAAUAAAACAAGAAAACUUUUGAAGUUGUUGCUGGUGCGAUGACUAAUCAAAUAAACCGAUAAUUAUUUUGUGUGCGAUAGCUAGUUUGGCCGAAGCGUAACUUUCUUUAAUUGUUAUGAUAGUUUACUAAUUUUGCAGUUGCCAAAAUGGCUUCGAAAGAUGACGAGGUAAUCUGCCAGACUUUCAUGGUGAAGAGGUCGCAAAACAAAAAGCUAUUCACUCCUGUUAACUACAGAGAACGCUUUCUGGUCCUCACAAGGAAGGCUCUUAUUUACUAUGAUUCAGAUGGAGAGCGUCGAAAGGAGCGUGGACGCAUCGCGACGGAAGCUAUCCAUACGGUGGAACUUGCUCAGCUCGGCGAGAUCAGCAAACAGCUGCCUGAUUGCGACGGGGAAAAGAACCCUUCGUAUAGGUACCCUUUUCAGGUGGGGUACACAGAGCAGAGCACCGACUACACCCUGUACCUGGUCGCUGACGAACACACCGUUCGUGUUCAUUGGAUUCACGCGAUCAGAUCUGUGUGUAUAUUGAACGAGCGUCGUGCGCAGUACCACCCGGGCGUUUGGGCGGCGCGGCGUUGGUCUUGCUGCGACGCGGAGAAGCGUCAGGCGCCCGGCUGCGCCCUCGCCGCCGUCUGGCCGCUGCCGGAGCCCCCGCUCGAGGUGCUCACCCACCGCCCGGAGCAGAGGCCCGUCAGUGACGUCACAUCGGUCACUGCUGCCGUCACGAUGCCCGGGGGAGGUGGCGCGCCUCCCGGCACUCCGUCGGCGAAACUCAAAGAGAAACCGAGAUCCAAAGUUGUGGUAGCUCUAUACUCAUUUAGAGCUGUUGAAAGUGGGGAUCUUUCUUUAGAAAAAGGUGCAGAAUAUGAAGUAAUAGAUGAUUCCCAAGAGCAUUGGUGGAAAGUUAAAAAUGAACAUGGAUCCAUUGGAUACAUACCCAGCAAUUACGUCAAGGAAAAGGAAACUAUAGGAUUACAAAAAUAUGAAUGGUAUGUGGGCGACAUGUCGCGGCAACAUGCUGAGUCUCUGCUCAAGCAGGAAGACAAGGAGGGCUGCUUCGUCGUCCGUAACUCGUCCACCAAAGGAAUGUACACACUCUCUCUAUUUACCAAAGUAAACCACCCUCAAACAAAACAUUAUCACAUAAAGCAAAACAGUCGCGGAGAGUUCUAUCUGUCAGACAAACAUUGCUGCCCAGGCAUACCGGAGUUGAUAAACUAUCAUAAACAUAACAGCGGGGGCCUUUGUUCGCGGCUCAAAACUACGCCAUGCGAUCGGCCGGCGCCACCCACUGCUGGAUUAUCACAUGAUAAAUGGGAGAUUGACCCUUCGGAGUUAGUGUUGUUGGAGGAAUUGGGUGCUGGUCAGUUUGGCGUAGUGCGGCGCGGGAAGUGGCGCGGCAACAAAGACAUCGCCGUCAAGAUGAUGAAGGAAGGCACUAUGUCCGAGGACGACUUUAUUGAUGAGGCGAAAGUUAUGACCAAACUUCAACACCAAAAUCUGGUGCAGCUAUAUGGCGUGUGCUCUAAGCAUCGGCCGAUCUAUAUCGUGACAGAAUUCAUGCGGCAUGGCUCGCUCUUCAACUACUUAAGACGCACCUCGCCUGAUCAGCUUGGACCUGCUGUUUUAUUGGACAUGUGUAUACAGGUGUGCAGAGGAAUGGCUUAUUUAGAAAGACAUAAUUACAUUCAUCGGGAUUUAGCCGCAAGAAAUUGUUUAGUUGGUGAUGAAAACGUAGUUAAGGUGGCGGACUUUGGUCUGGCGCGAUACGUGCUCGACGAUCAGUACACGAGUUCUGGUGGCACAAAGUUCCCUAUAAAGUGGGCACCGCCCGAGGUCCUCAACUACACACGAUUUUCCUCUAAAUCCGACGUCUGGGCUUUUGGUGUUUUAAUGUGGGAAGUGUUCACAUGCGGGAAGGUGCCCUACGGCCGCAUGAAGAACUCUGAAGUCGUGGAUAUGGUGCAAAGAGGGCAGGUGCUCGAGAAACCAAAAGGAUGUCUGCCUGAAAUUUAUAAUGUCAUGCGGGAGUGCUGGCGACACGCACCUGAGGAUCGGCCGUCGUUCCGCAUGCUGAAGGAGGAGCUGGCGGGCGUGGCGCAGAGCGUGCUGGCCGAUUGACUGCGCCUGCUGCUGUCGCUGCUGCGCCCCGCGCCGCCUGCGCCCGCGCAGUCGCCGUCGUCGACCGCGUCACUGCGCCCCUCCCCUGCCGCACACCCCCCUCCCGCCACCACACUGCCCCGCGCGCGUCGUCUACACGCCGCCUCACCCGUUUGAUACUAUGCCCGCGCAACACUGCUCUAUCUCAUGCUCAAAACAUGGACGGACUCCUGAAUGAACAUACUACUUGCAAACACGUUUACUUGGAGUGGAGUGACGAUGAUUUUGAACUCGUCAACCCCACUUGCUCCGUCCUGUUCUUCUACAUUCCUAUCACUGACGCGGCAGCAGCGAAAACAGCCCGAUAAUCGAUACUUGUGACUGGCUGGAACCAUGUACGACUGACUGAUUUCGUAUAACUAUUGAAAAUUCUAAAGCAAGAAACUAAUCGAUUUUAUAAGAAACGUCGUUCAAACCGGCAUCGAAAGUAGACAAUAAACGGUUACCGGACUCACAAUGGAAUUAGAUAAAUGGAAUUGACAUUAGAAUCCACAUUUUAACACUGAUACAAGUAGCACCAUCCAUUGCCGUUCUAUCUUACUACAAGAUAUUGAUUGGCUCAAAGGGUCCUAUUAUGUUAUUUAGACUGUAUGGUAAUGUGGUAGUAUUUUGUAUGGGGAUUGGUAGUAUUGAAUUUGUAAUAGGACCUCAGCACGGCUGUAUCAUCCUAGACACAAUUUUAGAAAAACAGUGUACAGGAUUUGCUACAAAUAAUGAAUUAGCUAGAUAUUAAGCAGUCUUAAUAAUAAAUCAGCGCUAUGCAGCUACUAUUCGAAUGUGAUUCAUCUGACACUUAUAGGCCCAUGUUAGUGGAAAUGGAUUCCACGGAUAAGCUCGCUAAUUAGUUCUGUAAUCUCAGCUAAAACGGUGAUCUUAAUAGUUUUAUGUCAUCAUAUCAUUAUCUAUUAUAGGCAUUAAAUUAUGUAUGAAUAAUAUAGCUACAUAACGUACUAGUCGCUAUACGAGAUGACGAUUUUCCACAUUUACACUUAGUUCAUAAUUUCUUACGCACAAUAUUCAUAAACAACUUAUUUAAAAUAUUGGAAGUCACUGCUAACGAAUUAUUAACUAACUAAACAGACUAAACAAUAACAAUACAUAUUCGACAAAGACUACUAACAUUUCUUCACCAAUUUUGUGAUAAACACCAAAUACGUUUUCCUAAAAGCAUUUUUAUUGAUAGAAAUUAAACAUAUUUCCA